AUGCAAAUCGGUUUUUUAAUUAUGACGCUGUUAAGACAAAAAACACUUGGCAGGGUGUUUAUUUGUUGCGUUAACAUUCACAUUCUCUUCUCUCCAAAGUUUUCUCAUGGGGGAUUAUUUUUUUUGUUUNUCUGGUUGGACCAUGGGUAA